GAUUUUUUUUUCUACAGGGGUUUGACAAGACUAUAAAAGAGUCAAAGGCUGCAGCUGCAGGCAGAAGAGACAGACACACGGGGAGACAGAGGACCAGUGGACUUAACGCUACCUCCAGUGACCCACAGUGCUGUUAAACUAAUUCAUACCAAGGAGAAGAAUGGGACUGCACAGUGUUGAGGAACUGGUGUCCGGUAAGAGGUCAGAUGGCAGAGAGGCGGACGACUUCCAAGGGGGCGUGUAUGAGGCGGCUGUCAAUCAAGAGAAGCAGGAUGACCGCAGGUCCCACAGGGAGCUGGCGGGCGGAGGUCUGUCAGAGGAGAGCGACAGUGGCAGCGAACAGGAGGAAGUCAGCGUGGCGGCUCUCAAUACGGAUAAAAGCGGCAGGCUGAAGUUGGAGACGGUGGACGACCUGUUCAACAUCCUGCAGCUGAAGAAGAGGAGAAGAGAGAGGAAGACUCCCAUCCACAAGAAACAACAGCCCGAGCCUGAGACUGUGCCAGAGACUGUGGAUGAGCAGCUGUUUCUGACAGCUGCCAUGGAGAACAAAGUGCCUGUGGUGGAGAAGUACCUGAGUGAUGGAGGGAACCCCGAUGCAGCUGACCACUUCCAGAGAACAGCUCUGCACAAAGCCGCAUUCAAAGGACACGUGGAAGUCAUGAAAAGACUCCUGGAGGCCGGAGCUGCCAUCGACAAAAAAGACAAACUGGAGGCCACUGCGGUCCACUGGGCCUGCAGAGGAGGCAACCUGCCAGCCCUGCAGCUCCUCCUCGACCAGGGAGCCAAGUUCACCUACAGAGACAAGUUGCACAGCACUCCUCUCCAUGUCGCUGUGAGGACGGGACACUGUGAGUGUGCAGAGCAUCUCAUUCACUGUGGAGCAGACGUCAACGCCAAAGACAGAGAUGGAGACACACCCAUGCACGAUGCUGUGAGGAUAAACAGAUUCAAGAUGAUCAAGCUGUUGAUGAUGUACGGGGCCAGUCUCAACACUAAGAACUGUGAUGGAAAAACUCCAAUGGAGACGCUGUAUUCGUGGCAGAACGGAGCCAAGAGCCUCCUGUGCAACUUCAGCCAUGAGAAGUCCAACCAGUAGAACCCACCACAUUCCAGUAAAAGCAGGAAUUCAACACGACCUGUUGGCUCGUCAGGAAAAAAAGUGGUAGAAAAGGAAAAAUGUUGUAUUUUUCUAGCCCAUUCUAGUCACUUCCAAACUGCGGUUCAUGAAGCACAUAAGUCUGUUUUGUGACUGUUUAUCCAGGGAGGCUUUGUUGACCCCUCAGGAAGUAACUGUUAUUAAAUCUAAAGUUGGCUCAGCUGGAGUGUUUGGAUGCUGGAAGACAUCUUAACUAAGAGAGCGUUAAUCAUUACCUUACCUUACUCCUCCUGGUUCAGGGAUUUGAACUGGCAACCUUCCAGACUUUUACCGGUAGGCUAUUGGCAGGGUUACAUUUCCUCACGUACAUCUUGUGUGUGCGGGAGAAGGCAGCAGGGAUUUGAAGGAGCCUUUGAUCAACAAUGUGAAAUCUAAUCAGGAUGUUGUUAAUAAUGUGAUCAUUAGGACUGAGAGAUUCAUUGAUCGCCAAGUAUUGCUGGACAAUGUCUCGGGCAACAGCGUGAUGUUUUUUUACUUUAAGCUGAGUUGAAGUCAGCGAUACUGCAUCGAGAAGAUGGCGUAUUUAUUGAUUAAUGGAAACUAUCAGCAAUCAGUUUAUUGGGUGUGAUUGAUUUUAUUUCGAUACCAUACACGUAAUAACUGAGAGUUAUAUUGUGGUUGGUUUAAUGAUGUUUUUAUGGUUAGAUUUUAAACAAUUACAUCAACUUUUCUGAUUUUAAUUUACUAACUAAUGAAAAGCAGUAGCUUUUCCAGAUGUACAUCGCCCGGCUCACUUUCCUUGCAGUCCCACUGGAUAAACACUCUGUUGAUUAUUUCCUGAAGUUUUUAUUUAUUUGUAUAUAUUUUGUCAGUGUGAUAGAUGAUGUGUGUUGUUAUACUUAAACAUGCAGAUGAGUUUAACCAGGUUCUUUUGUCUUGUGCAUUUCACGAUCGAGAGAUGAGACAGGAUGAAGUGAGUCUUUGGAGCAGGAAGAAGAAUUUCUUUAUUUACAGAGGAUCAGGAUCAGCUUUAUUGCCAAGUAGAUUCACACAUACAAGAAUUUGUUUUGGUGACUUGGCACAUAACAAAAGUAGAAGUAGUACAUAAGUGGAAAAUAUAUGAAAGAUAAAGUAAGUACUGCAAGUACGAAGGUAAGAGAGUCAGAGGGGGUCCCGGGCCUUGUUGAUGAGGGCAGCUGCUGUGAUCUGCACAUUUACACGUCUACUAUGUUCUACAAAAGUAACCGACUGUAGACAAUGGACAACUACGUACUUUAGACCUUGUCUCCUGCAGCACCAUGACUUUGAGUCACAUUAUAAAAUGUCCUUUAUAAACUCUACCUUUACAAAUCCAUCCUGCUUUAAUGCAUACAGAGAAGUUGAGCAAGUGUGCUUGAUAUUCACACUUUUUUUUUUUUUACUUCAACUCAUCUCGGUCUCGUCUACAACUUCCAUCCAUCCAUCCAUCGUCAACUGCUUAUCCUGCGUACAGGGUUGCGAGGUCGUCUACAACUUUUUCCUUCAAAUUCAAAACAUAAUUUAUCAUUUUGAAAAUAUUUAAAUGUAAUACUUUAUUUAUUAUUUCCGUUGCUAAAACCCUCCAACCGUGUGUAUCUAACUGUCCUCAAACCUCAAGCAUUGCUUAGGCAUUUGUUAGUAGGUUUAGUCAAGAUCAUCUUGUUCAGAUUUUCCCAGCUUCUUCUACUGAAGCACAAUUUGAGCAUAUGGAGUCCAAACAACUUAUCAAAGAUCACUUCUCUGAUACAAAAAGAGCUUCAACUGACCCCAGCUCUGCCACAACAUGACCCAGACAUCUCAGCUGACGCCCCCUUUUUGUUUUGUUGCAAUGAUAUUUUGGGAAUGUGGCCCUUUUCUCUGCAGAGUCCUAGUUAUGCUUAGGGUCCUACCUCUAAAAAACAAACACACACACAAAAGAGUGUGAAAAAGAAUAGUAAAGAAAAGUCACUGUUGGUUCAGAGGAUGUAUGGCAAGUGGUUAUGUGGAUAAAACAUGUCUUGAUUUAUGAAUGGUAAUCAGAUUUAUUUUUUAUUGUAUGUUAGAUAAGUUAAUAUGUAUGUAAAAUGUGCCUUGUAUUUAUGGAUUGACUGAAUAAAACAGAUUGUGUUUU